UGCACUGCGUGGACUUGUUGCAGCUGCGUCGUAUCGAUCUAUCGCAAUUGCGCUGACUUCCAAAUAGAUUGUCAUUUAUUACGGAGGAUCCGACAUUUCGUGGACAAAAUACAAACUAUAUAAAACUGUUUCGUACAAUUUCGUACUAAAACAUAAUUUUAAAUGAGAUACAUUAUCAUGAAAUAGAACAUUUUUUAUAUAUGAAAAUGUACUUUGCUGCUGUAUUUUAAAGUGUAUUUGAAUACAUUCAUCAGCAGAAAUUUUGACACCUAAUAAUCAUAAUUUUCGACUUAAUAAAAGUGUCGAAUAAUACUGUAAAGCAGAAAAGACAAUUUGAACGCGAGUCCAAAAGUCGUUGAGGCCGAUUGGUUACAUUAAUUAUUUCGAGAGUAGCAAGUGACGAGAAAUGGAACAAGAGACAUCCCGUAAGGCAGACACGUCAAUUGUAUUCGUGUCUUUGAAUCCACCCUCACUUGGCAGUCCAAGGAGCGUCUCCCCGAUGUCUUCUUCACCAACACGUGACCUCAGAGGAAUUGGUCUAUUUCGAGCUAUCGGCCGACAUUUACGUCACCCUCGGCACUUUCGCGACAACGAGGAGGAUGAUAACACAUCACAGUCGACAGAUUCGGAAGAGAGAUCCUGUGGAUCGGCGGGCAGCAGAAACAGUAGGAGUAAAAAAUAUCCCAGUGGCAAGAAAGGCAGAUUCGUACACCGGAGUGCAAGUUCAGAUUUAAGCCAUCAAAACUCAACCGGAAAUAGUGGAGAAAGUAGCAGCGGAAGUGAUACAAGUAGCGGCCAUGUACCACGUCAUAAUGUUACAUCAUCCCCAUCUUCAAGUCUUCGCCAGAGAUCUUCGUUUAAAGAAGUUUUUCAGUCAUUGACAAUAAGUUCUAGAAGUCACAGUGCUAGUUGUGCUUCUCCGAGGCUUUCAAACACAGACACCGUCAGACUGGCAAGUGGUACUAACGCCAGUGGUGAAAAGAAGAAGAAGAAGAAGAGUAUACUAAGACCCCCCGUGACUUACACGUAUGUCAGGGGCCUAUCUGGACUACCUACACAAAGAGUACCCAAGGGAUAUCGUUGUUUUUAUCUACCGUCUGUUGCCUGUUGUGGGUCGUCAAAAUUUGGCAACCACCAUCACUUUCCUGGUCUUAACCGAUGAACAGUUAAAAAGUGAAAUAUUUUACAGACUUGCAUUUUUUCCCCCUGAGGAAUAGCAAAUCAUCGAGUAACCCUAAACUAUUGAGAACAGGUAUGGUGGGCCAGAAAGAAUUUUGAUUAAAUUAUUUGCACUUUACACAUAAAUUUGUAUUUAUAAAGUGUUUUACUGUGCAUUUGUUUUUUAUUCAUUCUGCAAACUAUUUGCUUCGCUUAACACAAUACCACAAUUUUGAAAACGUGCCAACAACUGAAGAAUUGAAGUUUAAGACAUAUUAUAAUAUAUCCAUGAAGAUGUUAAUUCAUCAGAGUCGUGCUUUAAUUUGUUUCCUACAGUUUCGUAAUCACAUGUGACAAUACAAAGCGACAGUUAAUGUUUGUAUUCCUAAUGUUGGCCUAAAACUGCAUGAAAACAUUUAUUAGUGACUAAUCUGUUAUAAUCUCAGGAACAGUGCGAAUUUUAUUCGCCACAAAACUGUAAGUUUAUUAA